AUGCGCGAUUGGCGCUCCGUUGAUGACGCGCAAGACGUAUUCGCCGCCGCCAGCGUGGCUCAAAUCCAUGAAGCCCUGGGCCAAUUGCACGACCAGGAAGCAAGCGUCACGCAGCGACUAAACGCACUCAUCGCCUCGCAAAAGGACCUCUCGCGCGAACUCGGUCGUCUCGAUCUGCUGCGCGCCCGUCUCGGUACCCAGGCCGUGAAUACACGCGCCAUCAGCAAUGGCAUGCUCUCCGAUGCCGCCUCGACUGCGAACCGGAUAUCAAGUGCCGUCAAGCGUUUAGACCAGGAGCAGUCGAAUGUAAAGGCGACACUAGACGUGGUGGAGCAGGUGGCCGAACUCAAAGCAUGCGUUCUGGGUGUGCAUGGGUCCAUGGGCGCUCCUCAAGACUGGGAAACUGCAGCCGCCUACCUCAGUCGCGCCGCAAAGGUUCCCGAUACCGUCGUAGAUGGAAGCUUUGCAGAGGAGAUGGUGCCGACAGCUGAGGUGCCGGAUCCGCCACGUCUAACCCUGGAUGCUGCGGCCGAGUCUCUGUGCGGACUGUUCCUCCGCGAGUUUGAAAAAGCUGCUGAAGAGGGUGAUGGCUCAAAGGUAACGCGCUUCUUCAAGCUGUUUCCCUUGAUUGGCCGCACAGACGUAGGUUUGGAUGCAUAUGGGCGAUAUGUAUGCCAGGGUGUAGCUUCGCGUGCGCGGGCAAACUUCAACUCGGCUGCACCUGCACAGAGAAACGAGGGCUUCUUCUACGGCAACACCAUUACCAAACUGUUCGAGCACAUUGCGCAGAUUGUCGAUGGCCACGAGCCGUUGGUAGAGCGUCAUUAUGGUCCUGGAAUGAUGCAAAAGGUCAUUGAACGUUUACAGAUUGAGGCCGACGUGCAAGGUGGCAUCGUGCUCGACACAUGGCAUGAAGAGCGCCAUAUUGACCGCAAGCUUACCGAAAUCAAAUCCUAUGCCUUUUCCUUUCUAGUCCAGAGCUUUCUCCCUGCGAAACCUACCAACGGAACACCUCGUUCAAGCUCACCAGCUAAUGGUGGAGUUCGGACAAGCGAAGACCAAGGAGUGGACAUGAAGGAGAUUGACAGCUUGCUCGGAGAGGGGGCGUUGAUACUAGGACGCUACGCUCUGUACGCGCGUUUCCUCUCCGAUAAGUGCGCACCUGCUGAGCCUGAAGACCGCAUCGAUUAUGGCUUAGUCAUGCCCAACUUCUUAGCCACCAGCAACCUCCAUAAGAAGGUGAGCAGCCACCUCAUCGACCCUUUUAAUGCCAUGACAACAUUCUUCUUCCGUCGAUCUGUGGAGAAGGCUUUCCAGUUGGACGAGUCGCCCUCGGAUCUCACACUCAACCCCAGCAAGCCCCUUGGGUCCAACCCACCCUUCAUUACCUCUGCCGUUGACGAUGUCAUGUACAUUGUUAACCAGGUUCUUCAAAGAACACUCGCGACAUCACAACGCGCCGUCGUCUCAAGCGUUGUACCUGCAGUGAGCCAUAUCCUAGGCUCUGAGUUUAUUGGUAUGAUACAGCGAAAGAUGCGGGACGAGAGCUACCCGAAGCCUGUCAUACAAGGUGGCCUGCCUCCAGAAGACAAAGUCAUCGCUUUUCUGGUACUCAUCAACAAUCUCGACAUCGCAAAUGACUACGUCAAGCGCAUUGUCCACCAGCAGCUCGGUAGCCAAGCGCAAAAUGGUGGAGAGGAUAUCAAGUCACCACUGCACGACUUGUUUCCCUUUGGACACGAUGCGACGUUUGUUGAGAAUACACUGAAAUCAAUGGAGAAGGCUUUCGCGUCCAAGAGUGGGGACCUGCUCAACGACGGCAUUACUGUCCUCUUCACAAACGUCCUCAAACCUCGCAUUCGGCCAAUCCUGGCCGAAGCUUUCCGGGACAUCAAAUACGACAUUGAAGAGGACGAUAUCAAUGGGGAUGAAGAAGAAGAAGAUGUGGAUGUUGUCAAGUCGCGUUUCGAUCGCGGUUGGGGUAUCGUGAUUCGUCCCAUCAAGCGCAUCUUGACUUCGGCGAACUUCGACCGUCUCCUUUCGUUAGGGCUGAACUAUCUCGCGUCUGCGCUCGAAAAGCGAAUCCGAAGUUAUUAUGGCCGGGUAAAUGAACUAGGCGCAGUGAGACUGGAGCGCGACGUCGCAGGUAUCAUCGCAGCGGCUACCAGCGGCGGAGCAUACUCUUUACGUGAUGCUUUCCAAAAGUGCACGCAAAUGACGUUGAUUCUCAACAUGGAGGACGAUGAAUUCGAUGAGGUCGCAGACGACACGACAGGCGAUUCGGGCAUAUCAUGGGUCAUGGAUGCAGAGGAAAGGAAGAGAGUAAGAGCCAUCGUCAAAGGGUAA